CUUGGGAUGACUCCCUCAGGGAAUUUAAGUUUCCAGCAACUCAUCUCUGCCACCGUCACCAGAAAGUCCAGCUUCAUGCCGACCACAGAGCCGGCCCACCUGAUCAGUUUAUCCAGUCUGGAUGUGUCCUUCUUGAAUAUGCUGCCCCCCAGCACACCACAGUGUAAAAGAGGACACUGGCAACCACAGACCGGUAAAACAUCCACAGCAGUUUGCUGCACAUGUUGAAGGACCACAGUCUCCUUGGGAAGUACAGCCUUGUGUCAUACCCAUACAGGUGGCUGGUGUGUGUUGUCCAGUCCAGUUUAUUGUCCAACCACAGCCUGAGGUAUUUUUAACAGUCCACAGCCUCCACCUCAGCUCCCUCUAACAGGACUGGUCGCGGUCUUGGUCUGGACCUCUCAAAGUCAAAGACCAGCUCCUUGGUCUUAGAGGUGUUGAGCUGCCUCGAGCUGCUAGCCUCAGGGUGCUGUGUCUGCAGCCUUGCUGUGACAGAGUAGAUCCUCUCUCAGGCAGUGGCUGCGUCCGCUCUCGGAGGGAUGUAACACCUACGGUGAUCACGUGACUGAACUCCCUCGGCAGGUAAUCUGACCGCAGGGUGACAGCUGGAGGUCACGGCAACAGACUGUCUUUACGGAGUAAAAACACUGAAUGAAUAUACUUUAAAGUUUAGGUCAAAAUAAAUUUACAUUCUGCAGGUUAUAAACCAGAUCUGGACAAGGUCAACAGCCUGUUAAUGACUUACAGACCCUGGCAGCGCAGUCGGUCGAACUGACGGACACAUCAUGCAACAGAACUUCAGGAUGUUUCCCCUGAUGAAUGAUCUGUUCCUUCAGUCUUCGGUCCGACCCCUGAGUGUUUUGGUUUUUCACCUUCUCCUCACACACUCUCAAAGUCAGUCUCAGCUGAUUGGUCCAUCUCAGCCAAUAGUGGCAACAGUUGGUGAUGAUGUCAUUUUGCCAUGUCACCUGGAUCCUGCAGAGGAUGUUGGUACCAUGAUAUUGGAGUGGACAAGACCUGACCUGAAGCCUAUAUACGUCCAUAUGAGGCGUGCUGGUCAGGACCUCGUAGAUAAACAUCCAUCCUACAAAGGACGAACCUCACUGUUCAUUAAUGAACUGAAACAUGGAAACAUUUCACUGAAACUGUCCAAAGUCAAACUGUCUGAUGGAGGAACGUACCACUGCUUCAUUCCAAAACUGGAUAAAAGAUCUUCUGUUGAGCUUGUUGUUGCAUCAGGUGCUGCCUCCUCACCUGUCAUCAGUUUAUCAGGGACUGACAGUAACAGAGGAGCAGUGGUGUUAGAGUGUGAGUCUAAAGGCUGGUAUCCAGAGCCUGAGGUGUUGUGGCUGGACGGUGAGGGAAACCUCCUCUCUGCUGGACCUACAGAGACAGUCAGAGGUCCUGAUGACCUCUAUACUGUCAGCAGCAGAGUGACUGUGGAGAAGAGACACAGCAACAGCUUCACCUGUAGAGUCCGACAGAACAAAACCAACCAGACCAGAGAGACAGAGAUACGUAUACCAGAUGAUUUCUUUAAGGUCCAGUCCAGUUCUUCUUCUGUCAUCAUUGGUUUGGCUGUUAGUUUGGCUGUUUGCAUCGUGGUCAUUCUCUCACUGGUUUUUUGCCUGUGGAAGAAGAGACAAGACAAAACCAGGCAAAAAGACUCUACAAGAAACAAAACUGAAGGAGGAGGAGAGGAAAUGACGCCCAUGAGAGAAACAGUGGACGGGAACACAAAUCAUCCUCAGUCUGGAGGAAGAGGAGCAUCCCGUUCUUCUUUCCCUCCAUGGAGGAUCAUUUCCACACAGAAGCUGCAGGAGCAGCAGAGGAGGACUCAGAGCCUGGAGGAGGAGCUGCAGAGGAGGACUCAGAGCCUGGAGCAGGAGCUGCAGACUAAAAAAGAGGAGGUUAAAGACAGAGGAGCUGAAAUCCAGCAGCUCCAGGAUCAGAACAGAGACCUGCAGAGACUGAACCGGGAUCUGGAGAACAAGAACAAACAGUUGGAGAGUCAGCUCUCAGAGGAGAAGAAGAACAGGAUGGAGGCUGAGAGGAAGAUGAAAGAGGAGCUGCAGAAGACAAAAACUGAGAUGGAGAAGAAGCUGCAGGAUGAGCAGAGGAGGAGGAUGGAGGCUGAGAAACAGCUGAACUCAGAGCUGAAGAAGGAGAGAGAGAGAAGAGAGAGAGAAGUGAAGAGCCUGGAGGAUCAGCUGCAGUCAAAGACAAAGCAGGUUAAAGACAGAGGAGCUGAAAUCCAGAAGCUCCAGGAUCAGAACAGAGACCUGCAGAGACUGAACCAGGAGCUGCAGAGACUGAACCAGGAUCUGGAGAACAAGAACAAACAGAGUGAAGUCAGAGGAGCUGAAAUCCAGCAGCUCCAGGAUCAGAACAGAGACCUGCAGAGACUGAACCAGGAGCUGGAGAACAAGAACAAACAGCUGGAGAGAAACCAAACUGCUGCUGAGAGAGAAGAGGAGAGACUGAAGGAUCAGACAAAGCAGUCAUCCAUCAUUGUGGAUCAGAUCGACCCUCAGGGCAAAUACAUCCAUCUGAGAAACCAGUCUGAUAAGGAUCAACCACUGAGAGGCUGGGAGAUACACGUACGAGUCAACAAGAGAAAACCCAUCAUAUGGACAUUUAAUCACUUUGACAAAGUCAAGGCUAAAAACACAGUCACUAUCUGGACUGCAGAUAGUGACCACCGUUACAGUAUUGAAACUGACCUGAAGUGCCGUGACCUGAAAUCCUGGAGUCCUGAAGACCAUGUGCUGGUCACCCUGUUCAACUGCUCUGGAGAGCUGGAGGUAAGUAAAGAGCAGGGUCUUGAGAACUCUCAGAGGACCAGUCAGGACUCACCAUCCAACAGACACAUCACUGUGGGUGAGGUGGACCAGGAGGGCAGAUACAUCAGACUCUACAACAGCUCCUAUCAGGAUCAACCACUGGGAGGCUGGUCGAUAUAUGUAGAGGUCGACAACAGAAAACCAAUCAUCUACACAUUUGACUACCUGAGACUCAGAGCUGGACAGACAGUCACUAUCUGGGCUUCAGAUAGUCAUACCAGGAACCGUUCUUCCACUGACCUGGUGUGGAGUGGUCAGAAAUCUUGGGGCCCUGGAAACCAAACAGUGGUCACUGUCUUCAGCAGCUCUGGACAGGAAGUGACCACGAAGACAUUUACAGCCAAACAUGGAUCCUAAAGCACUGCGCUGUGAGCUAACAGCCAUGAAGACUCCAAUAAAAUACAGAACAGAACAGAACAACCGUUAUUCUAGACUCUGAGUGUUUUUAAGAGUCCACAUGCUCAUGUACAUGUUUUACAAUAUUUGCUUUGAAAAACAUUUAAGAUAAAACUGUAUAAAGUCAUAUUUGUACUUGUGCUGAUAAAUCAACAACUGAGCUUCUUUUAUUUUCCAUGUUUUGUGCAUCAAGCCAGUGUUGUGACCUGUGUGAAGGCUGUGAUCAUACAUCAGCAGGAAAGUUUCAACCUGGAUGUUUUUAUUCAUGUAAGAGUGAAAUAAAUCUGUCCAUCUCCA